AUGUCGCUUCUCAGCCUUCCAAACGAACUCAUCUCCCGCAUCAUUACAUACCUCGACUCGCCCAGUCCUUUUGACACCACUCUGCUCCAUAAACCGAUCGGAUGGCGAAACCUCAAACAGCCGUGGCAGGUCGACGACCCGGAUGAGGCGCCGGAUGGCACAUUGCUCUGGCAAGAUCCGUUGAAGCAAUUGUCGUUGACCUGCCGGUUGGUUCGGUCUUUGGCAAUGCCGACUCGAUUCAAAUAUGCUGUGCUCCGUCCGUCUCAUCUCACCGAAUUCCUAGCAUUCUUGACAUCCCAGGACCUCAACCAACAUGUUUCGAGUUUAGUGGCCGAUGUGCCGGGGAUGUGCAGAAGCCUUCACCCAGCGUGGUGGGCGCGAUUACUGAAUGAAGUCCCCGCUACUCGGUUCAGUCUAUUUGGUCCUCCAGAAGUGCUUGCGCAGAUAACCGGCAUCGAGGCAUUAACUGCGGAUGCCUGGGCGUUUGACAUGGCAUGCCAAAUUCUUCAAUUUGAGCAAUAUCCAGAUGAUGCUAGAGUCAAGAUCAAUUACGACGACCUGCCAAAUAUCCUGGUUGCACGCCGCUGGCGACAUUUGACGUUCAACGAAGGGUCUAGUCUACUAGCAUACACGACUUAUGAAUUCUUCCUCAGACGGACGCCUUCUCUGCUGACUGCUUUGCAUUUUGCCAAUUCGGCUGAGGCGGACAUGCUGUUUGACAACCUUUUAAGCUUCGAGUACAUUGCCAUCUUCCCUUUCUAUAACCACGUGGCGGAGAUUUUGAUGUGCAUUCGAAAGAUGCUGAAACUAAAAAGGCUGAUGAUCAAGCUGUGUCCGGAGCCAGGCACUACAGUGCUGCAAGACGAAAUCGAACAGGCUGGGGGACAUUUGGACAUCAAUGAUCCGUGGAAUGAAUGUGAAACAUCUUGGAUGCUGAUUGCCCACUCGGUGGUGUUUUUGACCGAGCAAGGAUCUCUGGCAGAACUCCAGAUGGACGAUGUCAAAGUCGAGGCUGUCCGACAUACUCUGGAAACGGGUUUGAAUGCUCGGCUGCAAGAGUGGUGGACUUACCAGGGCGAAGGCUCCGGGUUAUGGCAGCGGAAAUCUAGGAGUCCGCAUGCGUUAGUCGAGCCUCCGGAACCAUAG